ACGAUUUCGGACCUGUCAGCUCGUUUUGUUCGCGCAGAAUGGUGACGUAUGAACCGCCUUAUGGAUUGGAGACCACGCCCCUUUCGUCCCGUUCUCCUAUUCUUCCCGGUUAAAAGCAAAAUUUCCGAAUUUUUCACCAUCAUUCAAUCGACGACUGUCUGCUGAUUAACAACCUGCUCAUAGAUGUCUGGACGUGGCAAGGGAGGAAAGGUGCGUGCCAAGGCUCGGUCCCGGUCGGUCCGCGCUGGAUUGCAGUUUCCCGUGGGUCGGAUUCACCGGUUGCUGCGGAAGGGAAACUACGGAGAACGCGUCGGAUCGGGUGCCCCGGUGUAUCUCGCUGCGGUGAUGGAAUACCUGGCGGCGGAAAUUCUCGAACUCGCCGGAAAUGCCGCCCGGGACAACAAGAAGACGCGAAUCAUCCCGCGCCAUCUGCUGUUGGCUAUCCGGAACGACGAGGAGCUGAACAAGUUGCUGUCCCACGUGACCAUCGCCCAGGGAGGAGUACUGCCGAACAUUCAGGCGGUGCUGUUGCCGAAGAAAACGGAGAAGAAGGCGCCUGUGGCAGCCUCUGAGUAGAGCGAGAGAGAGAGAGAGGAGCAAACAAACCGUCCUUUUCAGGACGACUAAAAUAUUCACGAAAGAGUACUCUUGUUUAUCCUAGCUGGAAUAACAUUUGAAAAUGGUGUAUGGAUGGUUCAGAUUUGAAAACAUUCUUGAAAAGUUGUGUUUUGACAGCUACUUUUUUUUUGCCAGCCAGUAAA